GCGCAUGCGCACUGCGCCUGGGGAGCGCACGGGGCUGAUGGCGGAGGGGCUGAUGGCGGAGGCAUUUAACAACAACCGGGGAGCCGCGGCGCGCGGACAGCAGGCAUACCCACUGGAUUUGGCGAGAGCUCAAAAGCAUGCAGAAAACGCCCAAGAGGAACAAGCAGCCCUUACCUUGCAGCGAACCAGCCAGUCUUCCUCCUGACAAGAGAAAAAGGGCAAGUCCUGAUGACUUUGUAGCUCUUCUGCCUCCUGAAGUCAGCUUGCAGAUAUUCGGCGAGCUCGAUAUUCACAGCCUGUGUAAUGCUGCGAUGACAUGCAGGAGCUGGAAUCACGCUAUUGACAAUAAUGACUGUUUGUGGAAAAAUCACUGUUUGACUGUGAGAGCUGUCUGUCAGCGAGAGAUCGAUUGCGAUCGGGGCAAUGGAUACUCAUGGAAGAUCACAUUACUAAGAAACUACUGGAAAAGCAAAGUAAAACAAGAAUGGCUGAGCGGGAAAUACAGUAACAUUCACUCACAAAACAACUUGCCAGAGAAAAGCAUGUAUCCGAUGGAUGUUGACACAUGGGGAGAAAUCCUGGAAGCAGAACUAGAGAGAUGAGAAGCCAGUGGAGCUUCUUCCAACUCAAUGACCUUACAUCAACAACUCACGGACAGCCAAACUGUAAAUAUUUUGCCGUUUAAAUUAGUUGUGUUUGCAAGCAUGUGAUGAAAACUUCUCUGAAGAAGAGAGAUACUUUUUGUUUGCACUUUAUUAGAUUAACUGAUAAAAAAGUAAAAUUUUAAAUAAGAUUAAGUAUUCAGCUGUAAUUUUAUGUUUGUUAAUUUUAUAUUCUGCUGUAUUAUUGAAGAUAUGUUGAAUGUACUUUCAGUUUGCACUUCUUUUGGAAAAAACAUUUUUUUAAAAAAAAACUGUUUCACUUGGUAUAUCGUAUCAGCUGGUAUAUCGUAUCAGCAGCACAACAUGGCAUUCCAUAAAGGAAGGCUGGAGGGAGAACAAAUCCAGACUUCAGAAAGGAGUAGGCAGUCACCUCAGCAUCAGCUGUUACAUCCCCAGGGUCUGUAUCAAGGGACAGAGCCUUCACAGAGCUUUUCUGAGCCUGCACAUAUUGAGGCAUUGGUGCUCCGCAGUACUGCAUUUCUUUUGCCCAGCUCUAGAACAUCUGAAUUUGGACUCAAAGACUGAAGCAACAGGUAGGACUGAAGCAGCCACUUACUGAACAGCCUUGCUGUCAUGAGCUAUGCAUUUUUUUCCCCACUUACAUAACAAUGUGAUAGGGAAUAAAAAAAUUUAUGACUUUAAACAUAGUAAGUCAACUUCAUGUUUGUAGUCAGGGUAUCUCACGUAGUUAAAGUACUCAGAAACUUAUUUUUUUCUGCAUUAGGAUCUCCCAUCACACCGAUUCUGCAUUACCAGCACUGAUUUUUGCCACUGACUUUAAAAAUUGCUGCUAGGAAAAGACAGGCCUAUCACAUUAUUCAACA